AGAUACAUGAAUGGCAGUGUUGUGGAAGUCAACGGCGGUACUGGAUAAACGAUACGACGUAAAAUGCCUGGAGUUGGAGUCCUCUUCUUAUGUCAUCUUUUCGGUCGUUCCUUUGUUUGAUUCUUUUCUUGUUGACAGAGCUUAGGAGUAGGGCGAAAAAAGGAAGAAGUCAGUACGGUUUUACAGGACGAGAGCAAUACACAAAAGUUCUUUUAUGUUUUUCGGUCAUCGUUCAGAAUAUACACUUCGUCUCAACAUGGUUUUCAGUCAACAACAAUCCAGUCCUCGGGUGUGGAUGUCACAAUAGCAAGGAAGCCUAUCAGAACUUGGAAGGAAGCCUCAUGAAUCGACGGAAGGUGCAGACAGCCCAACUCAACCCAGCUUCCCAGAUGAGAAAGGAGACGUCAACGCCAGCACUUCCCACCUUCUCUCUCAGCCUUCUCAUCAGCAUAUCAUCUCACUAAUUCUACCUUCCAUCAACAAUCACAGCGAUGGUCUAGUGGUCAAGACACCUCACC